GUAGCGGCUAAGUAUAUUUUACACUCACGAGUAGAAUACAAGAAAUAUCGAUAUAUUGAUAGUUUGUUAUCAAACCUUAGUUCCAAAAUAAAGACGCCUUGUUAAUUUAACUUUCUUCUUGCGGGUUUUGUGUUUGUGAUUACACGUUAUAAUACGAUAUUAUCUGGACAACGACACCUGCGAUGGCCAACAGCACAAUUGCGCGCGAAUUGGAGCUGAGCGAAAAGAAAAUCUGCCGCUUCUGCCUUACGGAGCAGAAGUUGGCCUCAAUUUUCGGUCAACAUGCACGCAUUAAAACCACGGCUAAUUUGCCGCUGCAGAUAAUGGCUAUAACGGCGAUCGAGGUGGGUGAAUACGAUGGAAUGCCUGCCUACAUUUGCCUGGAAUGCCGUCUCCUCUUCGAGCACUGCUACCGUUUCAAGCAGAUGUGCAAGCGGGCGGAAACUCUGCUCCGCCAGUUUCCUUUGACCGGAACUUGGCCUGCGCCCCUCGAAAAACCGCGAGCUCCAAUGGUUGCCGGCCAAUCCGGAACAUCUCCGACAAUAACGGUCCGUACAAAAGAUCCCCCACCACCUGUUUCCCCCACUUCGAAACCGAAGAAGCUACUCAACACCAUGGCCAAAUCCAACAAAGUUAUCAUUGAAAAUGUCGAGAUUUUGGAGACGUCUCUGGUCAACCUAAGUCCAACUACUGCGGCAACGAUCACAAGUAGUACCACACGUUCGCAGCCCUAUCAGCUAAAGGUGGAGAAUAACCAAGAGCUCUCCAUGGAUGAUGUGCAAAAUAUGUUGGAGGAUAUGGCCAAUGAACUGGAUGAAAUUUCUCCGCCGAAAAAGGAUGACUUACCACCACCAUCGCCGAAAAAACAUAAGGUUUUGAACAAGUCUUCGAUUAGAAUACUGAACAAGGGACCCGCUGCUCCGAUCGAGCCUCGUAUAGCCACACCCCAGAUCAAAACGGAUGAGAGCGGAAAUGUGGCCAUUGUAACUGAGAUCCUGGACCCCAACGCUCUAACGGUGCACGAGGAUCUGAAGAAGAACGCCGAGCAAGUUCCAACCAAUGUUUUUCCUUGUCCGGAUUGCGAGCGUUCCUUCCCGCUGCAGCAGUUGCUCGACAUCCAUCGGCUGAACCAUACGCGAAAGCGUAGCUUCCAGUGUCCCGACUGCGACAAGAGCUUUUAUUCAAAGUACGAUAUGGCCAAGCACACCUUCAUCCACACCGGGGAGCGGCCGUUCAAGUGCACUGUCUGCGAUAAGGGCUUCACCAGAAAGGCAUUGCUCCACCGUCACGAGCGCACUCACACGGACAUUCCAAAAUUCAUUUGUGUCUACUGCGAACGUCCCUUUAUUUCGCGCCAGGAGAUGGAGAAGCACGCCCAAAGGCAUACCAAAAAGCGACCAUUCCCAUGCGGUGUCUGCGGCAAGUCCUUUGCUUUUAAGCAGGGAUUGGAGCGUCACGAGGUAAUCCACCAAUCGAACCUUCCUUUCCCCUGCCAGCAUUGCCCCAGGUCCUUCCCAACGGCUUGCAAAUUAGCGCGUCAUUUGGUGGCUCACGCUGGCAAGAGGGUUUAUCCCUGCAAGUAUUGUCCCAAAUCGUACGUGUUGUCUCACCAUCUGUCCCGGCACUUGCGAACCCACAAGCAGGCCACUGCCGACUCGUCCUUUAUGUGCAGUGAAUGCCGGGAGAUGCAUAACAGCUAUGACAGCUUGCUUGAGCACUCUACGCAUCAUGCUAUGAUGACGCUGAAGUGUCCACUCUGCCGCGAAGAGAUCGGCGACACCGACGGAGUCGAAUCACAUAUGCAGCUGCACAGGGAUAGCGAGCGAUUCGCUUGCGAAUUCUGUGACCAUAUCUUCUUGAGCCAGGCACAGGCCCAGAAACACAUUGAGGACGACCAUGUCGUGGACAUGGUUCCAUAUUAUAAUGAAGAUGAAGGAGAAGGUGAAGGCGAAGGUGAAGUUGAAGGCGAUGUUGAUGCCGAUGUUGUGGAGGAACUGGACCAAGAGCAAAAGGAAGACGUUCAGGACCAAUUUGAAAUAAAGGAAGAAUUCUUGGAAGAGUUUUUGGACGAAGAUCUUGACGAUUCCGAUGCCUCCUUUACACCGACUCCCGCAAAACGGCGUAAAUCCAGCCCAGCUAAGGGCAAAUCCAUUGAAGUUUCGGAAGGCGAAAAGCGAAAGACUCGCAGUCAGGACGUUGCCAAAGUAGACAAGCCUGCUCCAAAGAAAGAAGUAAAGGUUUCUCCCAAACAGGGCCGUUUGGUGGUUAAACAGGGAAAGUGGCAAAAAAAUUAAUGCUACAUGCACAUUCAUUCCUUGUAUUCGUUCUUAGCCUACAUAUGAAAUAUAUUUUUAUGUAACCCACAUCGUUUGCUCUUUUUCUGUUUAUG